UGAAAAAAACGUUCAGCUUAACUAACAAACAAAUCUCCUAAUUUCACUGAAUAAACAAUAUAAAUCUCAACAGCAAUCAAGAAAGAUUUCAAUUUCACUCGACAAAUUCCAAAAAAAAAAAAAGGAAAAAAACAAAAAAACAAAAAAGGAACGCCAUUCGAAUCCCAAUCUCAAUUCCAUCGCUAAAAUUAGACAUCACGGAGUGACAAAUCUGCAUAACCAAGCCCUAAUUCCACCGCAUAGAAGCAAUGGCAAUGUCGAUGAUUUGGAGUUUGGGUGUGUUGGUGACCUGCAUUUCAGCAAUUGCGAGUGCGACUUCACCAUCGCCAGCGCCGAGUGCAGCGGAUUGCUCGGCAGCGGCGUUCCAGAUGCUAACGUGCAUGGAUUACAUCACGAUUGGGAGCACGAAGGCGAAUGCCUCCAAUGUUUGCUGCAAGGUGGUGAGAGAAGUGAUGAAAUCGAAAGGCGAUUGUAUGUGUGAUGUGUUGAAACAGAGCGGCAAAAUGGGGAUUCAUUUGAAUCUGACUAGAGCCAUUGGCCUUCCUGCCGCCUGCGGAAUCUCUACUUCGCUUCCUGAUUGCGGCAUUCCUCUUCCCCCAGGUAUGGCCCCUGCGCCAGUUCCGAGAACUAAAGCGCCGACGCCAGCUCCAAGAAUUGUAGUGCCAACGCCAGCUCCAACUACAAAGGCGCCUGCGCCAGUUCCGAGAACUAAAGCGCCGACGCCAGCUCAAAGAAUUGUAGUGCCAACGCCAGCCCCAACUAUAAAGGCGCCUGCGCCAGUUCCGAGAACUAAAGCACCGACGCCAGCUCAAAGAAUUGUAGUGCCAACGCCAGCCCCAACUACAAAGGCGCCUGCGCCAGUUCCGAGAACUAAAGCGCCGACGCCAGCUCCAAGAAUUGUAGUGCCAACGCCAGCCCCAACUACAAAGGCACCAACACCGGCCCCAACUACAAAGGCGCCGACGCCGGCCCCAGGAACUGAAGCCCCAACGCCGGCUCCAACUACAAAGGCCCCAACGCCGGCGCCAGUUAACAUUCCAAUAGCAGCACCACCAACACCACCAUUGUCACCCAACAGUAGCCCACCAACACCGUCAAGCGACAACAUGGGACCAUCUGGUGAGGACUCGCCGGCGCCGGCACCGUCGAGUGCCCCAUCUUUCACCAGUUCUAGCAACCUAAUUGUCCUACUUCUCACCCUUCUUGCUUCAUUUCGAGCUUUGUAAUGCUUUUUUUUAGAAGCUAUCUCCUCCAUUUUUGAACCAAUUUUCAUCAUAUUUCUCUCCCUUUCUUUCCUUUCUAAAUAAUGUAGUUUCAGUGUAUUGCUGGAGAUAAGAAAUCAAUAUAUAUAGA